AUGAACACUUCGUCGCACCCUCACACUCUCCCCGCCAGCCAGUGCCACAUUCGCCGUCGCUGGCGCCCCGUCAUCACGUGCCACGACACGACCCAUCGCUGUGGAGAGAGGCGGCCGGCGCGCCCAAGGCGGGGGCGUGGAAGCCCCGUCGCGCAAGGCUACGUCUACCGGGAUUUUAGGGUACCAGUACCGGCGCCUGUCGCGGAGCCCGGAAGCAAGUUAUGA